AUGAAUUUACUUCAAAGUCAAAUCAAAAUGGAUGAUUCAUUAGAAUAAAGAGUAUCACAAAUUUAACAAGGGCCUUAUUAACUAAAAUUAUUAUCUUUAAUAAUAUCUGUGAUCAUUGUUGGAAUGGUUUACUGUAUUUUGAUAUUAUAAAUGUUGAGAAAAUUAAAGUUUCAGAUUUAUAUUGUAUGAAAAACAAAAUAAAAUAAUAUGGUUGUAUAGCAGCUAAAUCAAAUGAUAAUUUGGAAGGUAAAAUGUUAAUUGAUCAAUCAACUUUUAUUUCUAACGAUGGAAGUUUAGGAUCAGGUAUUUAUGUCUAAAAUUUAAGAAUUCUUAUAUCAAAUUCUUAUAUUAUUAAGAAUACAGCAUCUCAGAAAGGAGGUGGUAUAUAUUUUGAAUUGAGUGAUUAUAACUUUAAAAUAUCAUCUAAAGCUAUUUGUAAUAAUUAAGCAGAUAAAGCAGGUGGAUUAUAUUUGAGUGGAAAUAACAGAUUAAAUCAAAAUAAUUUUAUUUAUUCUCUACUCAUAAAAAUUAUGCUUAAUAAUUUUCGAAUAAUUUAAAUGAAUCACCAUCAAGAUUAUCAUUAUUUCUUAAUCAUAUAGAAAUGGUUUCUCAAUAAGAAACAAUUGAACAUCAUCCUGUAUAAUUUUUAAUAUUAAAACCAUAUAAAAUCAUAUCGUAAGAUCGUUAAGUAUAUGCAUAAUUUUUAUUUGUUCCAAGCGGUCAAUAAAUAUCAAAAUAUCAACUUUAUAAUCCUAAGCUUUUGAAUUAUUAAUCUUAUAUUCAUGAUAUUAGGAUUUUGUUUAAAAAUAGUUUGAAUGAACAACAAAAUAACUUUUUCAACACUUCUUGUAAUAUAAUACAAUAAUUAUUUGAUAUAUAAAAAUAAACAGUAAUGGAAUCAACCCAAAUAUCAAAAAUAAAUUUUGAGAAUGAAACAAAAAGUUUUAACUUAGGUGUUUUAGAUUUUAUUAUGGAUCCUUUUGAGCAAGAUGACAAAAUUUAAGAAAUUUUAAUUAAUUGUAAAACAAAUUAUUAUGAUGAGAGUUUAGCAUAUUUAAUGAGAGCUAAAGCCUUUCUCUGUUAAUUAGGGGAGUUUUAUAUUUCCUCAAGUUGCCAAUAAUGUUAAUCAGAAUAAGGAUUUUAUUCAGUCACAUAUAAUGCAACAAAAUGUUCAAUUUUUGAUAAAAAUAAAUUUGAAGCAAUUGCAUCGAAUUAAAUUCUAUUAAAAAUUGGUUAUUGGAGACCACAUUACAGUUCUGAUGAUGUAGAAUUAUGUUAUAAAAACCAAUAUCUUUGUUAAGGAGGUGGGGUGUUAAUAAAGAUUUAUGUUUUAAGGGACAUUUAGGAGAACUUUUUGAAGAAUGCGAUAGAUUUAAUAUAAGAGGUGAUGGAUAAUUUUUUUUAAAUUAAUAAUCAGUAGAAUGUGAGCAAUGUUAGGAUGCUACCAAGAGGUUAAUAGCAUUUUUUUUAAUUUCAAUAUGGUAUUGCAAAUAUUAAUAAAUAAUAGGGCACUAUUAACUAUCGGCAGUAUUGAAAAAUCAAAUAUAUUAUUUGCAUAACUUAAACUUAGAUAAAAGUUUGCUCAUAUUUUAUUCAAACUGAAUUAAGGUAUUAAUUUAUUUAUAUUAAAAUAUUUAGAUCAUGAAAGUAUUUUAUUUAAAUUAUUUCUUAAUUAUUUAUGGAAAUUUUCACUCAUCUUUACAUUUAAUAUUAAAUUAACCAUAUCUUUAGGUAUUUUUAAAUAAUCAAAUGAUAUUUCAUAUUUUAUGACCAAUUUUUUUGAAUGUUUUUUGUCUGAAAUUUAAGAGAUAGAAUUAAUUUAUAGUAGAAUCAUAGUUAUGUUAGUUCUUAUGCUUUAUUAAAUAUUAGUAAUCUUUAUUGGUUUUAAAAUUUUUUCAAUAAUUAAAAACACUAAAUUCAAAAGCCUAAUUAUUUCAAUUACUAUCUUAUAAAUGUAUGUACAAAUUUAUGCUUCUUUACUUAAUCAGUAAUAAUAUUUAUUUUUUAUAAUUAGAUUUUUUUCUAUUUUAGUUGUUAGAUAGAUUUCAAAUAUAAAAUACAUAUCAGGUGAUGUAUCAUUACUGUAUGGAUCUAAAAAUCAUAUUUCUUGGAUAUAUGGAUUUUCAAUACCUGGAUCUUGCUUAAUUGGAUUCAUUUUACCCUUAUUAAUAUUUUUGAUUUUGUACAUAAAUAGAGAUUAACAUGAUAAAAUAAAGUUUCGAAGACAUUUAGGAUAUUUAUUUAAUGAAUAUACUUAAAAUAGCUAUUUUUGGGAAAUUAUAAAAUUAUGGAA